AUGCCGCCGACCAAUGAGCGCGCGGCCCCCACCCACCUGGGCAGGGGUUUCCCACUGCCAAGGCGGAGCCGCGGGCGGACCAUUUUCGAGGGGCAGGAGGCCCCCCGGGACCUCGCCGUGAAACGCCAACCCGCCCCCGCAGCGGAGCCCAUCGCUGCCAGGCUGAAGGAGCUCCAGCUAAGGAGGGAAGAUUUUGAAAUCCUCAAGGUCAUCGGCCGAGGGGCCUUCAGUGAGGUGGCCGUGGUGAAGAUGAAGCGGACUGGGCAGGUUUACGCCAUGAAGAUCAUGAACAAGUGGGACAUGCUGAAGCGCGGGGAGGUGUCGUGCUUCCGGGAGGAGCGAGAUGUGCUGGUGAACGGGGACCCGCGCUGGAUCACACAACUGCACUUCGCCUUUCAGGACGAAAACUACCUGUACCUGGUCAUGGAGUACUACGUGGGCGGCGACCUGCUGACUCUGCUUAGCAAGUUCGGGGAGCGGAUCCCGCGCGAGAUGGCGCGUUUCUACUUAGCGGAGAUGGUCCUGGCCAUCGACUCGGUCCACCGACUGGGCUACGUGCACCGAGACAUCAAGCCCGACAACAUCCUGCUGGACCGCUGCGGGCACAUCCGCCUGGCCGACUUCGGCUCUUGCCUCAAGCUGCGGGAGGACGGGACGGUGAGCUCCGCGAUCGCCGUGGGCACCCCGGAUUACCUGUCCCCCGAGAUCCUGCAGGCCGUGGGGGGCGGGGCCGCCGCCUACGGCCGCGAGUGCGACUGGUGGUCGCUGGGAGUCUUCGCCUACGAGAUGUUCUUCGGGCAGACUCCCUUCUACGCCGAGUCCACGGCCGAAACCUACGGCAAAAUCGUACACUUCCAGGAGCACCUGUCGCUGCCGCGCCCGGAGCCCGGGGUGCCGGCGGAGGCGCGGGAUCUCAUCGAGCGGCUGCUGUGCCCGCGCGAGGCGCGGCUGGGCCGGCGAGGAGCGCUGGAUUUCCGCGCCCACCCGUUCUUCGCGGGCCUGGACUGGGAGGGCCUCCGCGCCAGCGCCCCGCCCUUCGUGCCCGACUGCGCCCACCCCACCGACACCUCCAACUUCGACCUCGUCGACGACGCGCUCACUGACAUGGAGACGCUGUCGGACAUGAUGGAGGAUUCGCCCCUCGGGGUCCAUCUGCCAUUCGUGGGGUUUUCCUACUCCUACGCGGCCUUCGAGGAGAGCCAGCCCCCGGGCCAACCCCGUCCCUAUGGAGCUGGACCCGCAGCCGCGCCGCAACCAGAGCAGAUGCCGCAGCCGCAAUCGGAAUCCCGCAACCGCAACCGGAAUCGCAACCGCAACCGGAAUCGCAGCCGGAGCAGCAACCAGAAUCCCCGCCGCAACCGGAAUCGCCGCCAGAAUCGCCACCACAACCAGAAUCGCCACCGCAACCAGAAUCGCAACCGGAGCCGCAGCCCCUGGGAGAGGCAGGCUGAGGGGGAGCCGCAGGGGUCGGCCGAGGUGUGGGGGCUGCGGGAGCUGCAGGCCAAGCUGGAGGAGGAGAUGCUCAGUCGGCAGAACCUCUACCGCGAGCUGGACGCCGUCCGCGAGGCCAACCAGACCUUCGCCAGCCAGCUGCGCGAGGCGGAGAGCCGCAACGGGGAGCUGGAGGCGCAGGUGCGGCAGCUGCAGGAGCGCAUGGAGGAGAUGCGAGCCCAGGAGCGCCCAGGCAAGCGCCCCCCGGCCUGGAUAGCUCCCCGCCUGCUCUGGGCCUGUCCACGCGGGUGGGGCCCUUGGGCCACCGCCGUCACCUCCACCACCGCCUGCGGCCCUUUGCCGGGGUCCCUAGGAGUGGCCUUCCUGAGGAGACGGUCAGCCUGUUCGCCGCUGCCCUGGCUCCUGCCGCAGCCCUGGGCUGGGCCAGGCUGGUGGGGUCCCGCGGCUGCGCUGCGGCCUGACACCCCGCCCGGCCUUCCCCCCGCCGGGCCUGGGGAGGCUCGGGCCCGCCCCGCCCCCUGA